AUGUUAAGUCUAGUCUAUGAGACCAGGCUGGUAUGAAAGCCAGUAGUGUUUCUUAUGCUAAUGGCAUGCUGAAUCAGGUAACAACACAUCCAUUAUGUGAGUUGCGAGAGGAGAGGCGGAGGAAUCACCGGGGCGGACUCGCGGAUCCUGUUCCUGUCAGAGUAUACAUACACACACACACACACACACACACAUACACACACUCUUUAGGCUCGUGUUCACGGACUCAGGAGCUCGAAGACCGGUCCAGGUUUGGGUACCGCACCGUGCGCUUCAGCGAACCCCUCCGCUGGAAUUAAGAGAAAUGGAUGAAUGAAACUGAAAGCAGGUUUUCCACAAACUUGGUCCGAUACGUGCACCCCGAACUCCUCUCCAAUGACAUCUGGGACUGGUUUUGCGUGCUCUCCUCCUUUCUCUCAGGGAUGGACCUGAUGAUGGGGUGAUGAAGGCAACUCAUGGAAGAUAUAUACACCAUGAAGAAACUGCGAACAACCAAAAAUGUUCAUUCACUUUCUUUUAAGGGAUGUGGUUUGUGUUCUCACUCUAUGCAGUUUACUCAAUCAGGUCCAAGAAGACUAGUCAUGUGUCAUCAACCCUCAACAUGAGUCCAGUGGAAUAAAUAACGAAUCCCAGACAGACAUUCUCUCAGUGGCCUGUAAUGCAACAGCAGCAUCAGACAGGAAGGAAAGAGCAGGGUGCACAGAGAAAGUAGUGGGACCAUAUGUGAUGUGAGUCACUGGUGAAUGGCGUCUGUUACCAAUGACAGAAUCGGAAAUAGCAAUAGCCAGGUUCUGGACCUCGUCAAACCAUACUAGGUCCCAGCCAGUGGUGAAGGAAAAGGGGACGUGACCAAUGGGCUUCACCCUUGACCGCAAACAUAAGGAUGAGGAAUCCAGACAAUGGUAUGAGCAAUGUUGAGAUGUCCCUUAUAAUGGCCCAAAUGAUCAUUCAGGCGGAUCUUCUUUGGUUAGUCAGACAUUAAUAUCAAUCACAAAGACAAUCAAAUUUUAGUGGGCGGUGAGACUGCUGAAGGGUAAGGUGUGUGUGUGUGUGUAUCCCUGGAUCCUCUUGGUGAUAGCGGGAUGCUGCGGAGGGGUCUGCUGGCCUGGGUGUCCCGUGUGGGCGUGCUAUUGGUCCUAGUGUGCUGCUCUCUGUCCCUCCUCUACGUCAUGACCUGCAGCCCCCACUCCGAGGACAACCUGGUGAGCCACGCCCUGCCACGCCCCGGGCUGGGGGUAGGGGCAGCAGGGGGCAUAGGGGCGGGUCAGAGCGGACCCCCGGGGCGGGAGGACUACCAGGCCAUGCUAGCGGAACGCGAGGAGCAGCACAAGCUACAUAUGGCGAGUCUGAAGAAGCAGAUCGCCCAGUUAAAAGAAGCACUGCAGGAGCGUAGUGAGCAGCUCAAAGGAGUUCAAGACACAAUGGAACGGGCGGCAGGGAGAAGCCAGGGCGGACAGUCCCCAGGAGGAGGUGCCCUCGGGGAGGGGGGCCAGGGGCCUGGGGCUGACAGGAGCCACACGGACCUCCAGGAGUUCCUUCGCAGUCAGCUGGGCCGGGCGGAGGUCCACCAGGGGACCAGACUACCCAAUGAGUAUGCUGUGGUGCCCUUUGAGAGCUUCACCCUGCAGAGGGUGUACCAGCUGGAGAUGGGCCUGACCAGGCACCCUGAGGAGAAGCCCGUGAGGAAGGACCGGAGGGAUGAGCUGAGUGAAGCGCUGGAGACAGCCCUGCGGAGCCUCAACACACCCCGAGACGGAGCAGACAAGGGCCGGACCACCAAGGUCUACUCCCCAUCAGACUUCAUAGAAGGUAUCGCUCGGACGGAGAAGGACAAAGGCACUCUGUAUGAGCUCACCUUCAAAGGGGACCAGAGCCGUGAGUUCAGGAAGCUGGUUCUGUUCCGUCCCUUUGGGCCCCUGAUGAAGGUGAAGAACGAGAGGGUGGACACGGCUAACGUCCCCAUCAACAUCAUAGUGCCCCUCUCCCAGAGGGCCGACAAGUUCAGACACUUCAUGCACAACUUCAGAGAGGUGUGUGUGCGGCAGGAUGGGCGUGUCCACCUCACAGUGGUGUAUUUUGGGAAGGACCAGAUGAAUGAAGUCCGGAGCACCCUGGAGAACACGUCUCGGGAGAUCAACUUUAAGAACUUCUCCCUGCUCCAGCUGAAUGAGGAGUUCUCCAGGGGGCGUGGCCUGGAUGUGGGCGCCAGGGCGUGGAAGGGAGGAAACGUCCUCCUCUUCUUCUGUGACGUCGACAUCUACUUUACCGCCGACUUCCUGAACACCUGCCGUCUCAAUGCUCAACCUGGUAAGAAGGUCUUCUAUCCUGUUCUGUUCAGCCAGUAUAACCCAACCCUGAUCUACGGCAAUCAUGACCACAUCCCGCCAGUUGAACAGCAGCUGGUGAUUAAAAAGGACACAGGAUUAUGGAGAGACUUUGGCUUCGGAAUGACGUGCCAGUACAGAUCAGAUUUCAUCAACAUAGGUGGUUUUGACGUGGACAUCAAAGGUUGGGGUGGUGAGGAUGUUCACCUUUACAGGAAGUACCUGCACAGCAACCUGCUGGUGGUCCGGUCCCCAUCGCGGGGCCUCUUCCACCUGUGGCACGAGAAGCGCUGUGCUGACGAGCUGCCCCCGGAUCAGUACAGGAUGUGCAUGCAGUCCAAGGCCAUGAACGAAGCCUCACACGGCCAGCUGGGCAUGCUCUUCUUCCGACACGAGAUCGAGGCACACUUGCGUAAGCAGAAACCCCAGCGGUCCAUUGCCAAAAAGACAUGAGGGGAAUCACACAGGAAUCUAGACUACGGGAGGAGGGCAUGACAGUAUGACGGUCAGAGACAGUGAGGGGGGGAACAACAACAAAACAGAUCUUCUGUUAUGAACAGUGAUGACAUAACAGUACUGACUCACUAUAGAGGAAAAUCACUCCAAUAUAUCCUCUCUUUUGUUAUGCCAAAAAGGGCAUAACAAAAUAUACCUAAGACACCUGCCGUUACUUGAAGAAGUGCAAGCACUGUGAAGACGACAGUUAAAAUGGCCAGCAGAAAUAUUGUAUUGACUGCUCCUCUGUGUUUUGGUCUAAAAUCAUGUGCCUCAUGUUGACUGACUGACAGCUGUGGCAUUGCUGGUUUCUUGAAGGAGGCUGGAGGAAGACUGGAACAAGAUUUCCCUGUGUCUUACUAGAGCCACCUUGUGGACAGGAGGAAAACAGCAUGACAGUGAAGAUGGUCAGACAGAUGGUCAAUCAAUAAAUGAAAACAGGUGUUAGUGAUGCUUAUUUAGCGAGCCAAUGACAACAACAAAGGAGGGACACGGACACUGUUAGACAUUCAUUAUUUCUCAAGCUCCUCAGAAUCAUUAUGGUGCUCUGCUUUUUCACAAGUUUUAUUAAUCCUGCCUGCACGUGCUUUUAUGUGGUUUUUCAUCAUCAAGAAACAAAACAGUGCAGUUUUGUCUUGUUUGAAGGGUCAAAAUAAAUAUAGUAUAUUUUUUUACACUGGGCAGUAUUUUGGUUCGCAGUUUGAGAAUGAAGCUACAGUACAUGUAUGACGAAGAUUAUAUGGCCCUGAGAGAAAAUAUGGGUACAAUGUCCUUUGUUUUGAGUAUGGGCUAACAUUGUGCAAAUAAUAUAUUUUAGAAUAGAUGUAUUACACUUCUGUUCCAUAAUUAAGUUAUCCAGUGAUAAAAUUAUAGAAUGAAUUUCACACAACUUUUGUUGGAAAAAGAAAAGGCCUUGCUCCAAAAAUGCUUAUUUAAUAUUAACAAUUCUUAGCUACAUCACUCAUUUGCUUAUUCUUUCUUAGAAGCUGAAAUGGCGGUGGCUUGACACAAGUCUACAUGAGCCAAAUUAAGUUUAGUGGUAGUAUAAUGCUUCCGUGUCUACAGAGCACUAUAAGACCAGGACAAGGAAGGGUAGGAAAAGGCCUGUAUGAAAGUGCAAAUACAAUCUGAAAUGGAAUGUUAAUAUGGAAAGAGGGUCUGAUAUUUGAACAUGGCAAAUUGUUUUGACGUUAAUCCUGAUGGAUUUCUACUGAGAGUAUUUCUUCGGAGAUGUAUAGCCUAUAGAUAAAUACAUUCUCACAGGCUUGACAUUCACAGCGAGUGACAAUGAUUUUAUGCCUUUAUUUAACGAGCUCACUUAUUCGUCUUAAAAUAGAUAUUGAGAGAUUUGAUUUAAUUCCCAGGUCUUUCGUUUUCAAGAAAGCACUUGGGUUGCUUCACAUGGAAGAAUUUGUAUGAACCUAAAUUUGUGUCGGAUGAACAAAACCUGUAAAAAGAGUUAGGAAGAUGCACCUUUUUAAUUGUUUUACGUUUUAUUGUUUCGUGAAAGGAUACGUCUAUCUGUUAAUAAUAAAUAUAACUUUCCUGAUGAAGCUCUUGAUUAAUUCUCAAUUCAUGCCCAUUUUUUUUUUGUCUUAAUUGUUCUGUUUGAAGUGUCUACAGUUGAAAUAAAUGUGUGUACUCAUUUUGAGACCCUUGUAAAUAGUUUGAAAUGAAGAAAUAAAAUUAUAUUCUGGU